AGGUCACUCCCGUAUGUGAUGCAGGUGUUAGUCUUAUAUUCCGAAAUGCUGGUGCAUUCCGACCAGAUGCAUCACUAUUAGUACUGAGCCAUCAUCAUCAGUGGUAUACCCCGCUUCCAGUACAAUACAUUUCAAAUAGUGUGUCGUGUGGCAACAGCAGAACCAACUCCUUGGUCUUUCUCCCCCCCCCCCCCUCCCCCUCUUCCUGCCCCUUGCUGUGUUGUUUCAAGUACAUACCAUCAUCAUCAUCAUGAGUUUGUUGAAACUGCGUCGCCGUCGCGCGUGGAGCCCGUCCGAGUCAUCAGUGGCGUCCCUGUCGACCACUGGCUGCUCUGACACUGACCUCAGGCUCCUGUCUGUGACCCAGUUCGGCGGGGACCGGUGUCCCACGUGCACUCGGCAUGACGCAGACUGCUCCUGCUCAUGCAUCCUAUGUGCCUGUGAGAGUCUGCUUGGCGAUGGCGCCGAGGGCGGCGGCGGCGGCGCCGACACUUGCAGCGACGCCUCGAGUCUAGUGCACGCCUCAGGCGGUGGUAGUGGUACCACUGGUGCUGCGCGGCGCCUGCGCAGGUCCGCCUCAGAGCAGGACACGGCACCACUGCUGCUCCUGCACCAUUCUCCGGACUCGGUCUCCCUGCCUAGGACCCUUCCAAGGUACCUGAAGCAUUGCUUUACACUGUGCAAAUAA